AUGGGUAAGGAGUGUUACGACAUUGUGCUUCAUUGGAUCCAAGAUAGAAACAAGAAGCCUUCAGUAACAUGUAUCAGAGCCUUAAUUAAACCAGCUGGGAAAAUCGUUAUCUCGUUCAACCCUUUGUUACCUGAAUCCUUGUACGACGUUUAUGGGGAGCUUAACCCACUGAACCUUGGCCGCCUGAUGGGUAAUUACCAUUUCGAAAGCAGGUCAAAAAUUGAAGAGAUGUGUACAGCUAAAGGCUUUGAAAUAAUGGAGAGCUAUGCCAUAAAACAUAAAGGUCCGGAGUUUGAAAGUAUUGAAAGUACGAUCUCUUUUCUCUGGGUAACUACGCAAGGUGUGUUUGAUCUGCAGCUGGUUGCAAAAGAUAAGCUAUCAAGUUCCUGUGCUCGGCACACAACCGAAGAAAAUUCUAAACCACUGAAGCUGCUUUUACCCGUAAGCGAUUUUCGGAUCAUGUAUCUUAUAGGGGUCCUCGAUCGUGACAUCGGUCGAUGUAUCGGUCGAGUAUCGGUCGAUAUAUUGGUACUCGACCGAUACUCGACUGAGUAUCGAUCGACAGCACACCUAAUGGCCCUCAUGGUGUUGGUCGACGUAACAAUCACAAUAUUGUCGGUGGUAUAUCAUUCGAUUAUCGGUUAUACGUCGGUUAUACAUCGGUCGACUGUCGACUGUCGGUCAAGCCUCGACCGAGUAUCAAUCGACAGUCAACUGAGAAAUCGACCGAUACCC